AUCUCGCCUGUGAUGCACCUGCUGCCACCAUCCUGGGAGAGGACCGACGGGAGCCUCAUGCCCUGACCCCAGGGCCUAGCCCCCUGGCUCUCACGUUCCUACCCAGCAAGCCAGGUGCCCGGCCUCAGCCCGAGGGAGCCAGCUGGGAUGCCGGGCAUGGUGGGGGCCCAUCAUCCUGGGCAGACCCAGCAGAGGGCGGCCCCAACCCCGUGCUCCUCCCUGAGGGCCUGCACCCCCAGGCUCUGGCCGCCACCCUGGAGCCCCGGAUUGUGAUGGGCGAGGAGACAUGCCAGGCACCGCCAUCACCCAGGGCAGCCCUGCCAGUGCUCAGGGAACAGGAGCUGUGCUCUCAGGAUGAUCCUCCUGUGCCUUCCUGGUCCCCAGUCCCUGAGCCCUACUUCACCCCUCCCUCCACCCCCACCGAGGCCACCUACGCCCUGCUUCUCGGCCAUGGGCUGCACAGGGACGCAUGGGACCCUGAGGCGGAGCUGCUGGACUCGCUGGCUUCCUCGCCCUCGGGCUCCUAUGUUACAGCGGAUGGGGACAGUGGGACCUUGUCACCCUCCUGUUCCCUCAGCCUGCUGGCUCCCACCGAGGGGCCGGACUUUCCCUUGGGCUGGAGCUUCUCCCCGCCAGAGUCAGCGGCUGAGGAAUGGGAGCAGCACCCUGCCGAGACCCCAUCCUCUGAGUCCAGCCUGUCAGGGGACAGUGGCUCUUCCUGGGGCCAGGAGGGCCACUUCUUUGACCUGGACUUCCUGGCCAAUGACCCAAUGAUCCCUGCAGCCCUCCUGCCAUUUCAGGGUAGCCUUAUCUUCCAAGUGGAGUCGGUGGAGGUGACGCCACUGUCCCCUGAGGAGGAGGAGGAAGAGGAGGUGGCACCUGACAACCUGGCCCCUGACGGGGAAGCGGCCAGACAGGAUGAGGAGGACAGUGCCUCGGCCUCCUUCCUGCAGUCCCUGUCCGACCUGUCCAUCACUGAGGGCAUGGACGAGGCCUUUGCCUUCCGAGACGACACCUCGGCGGCCUCCUCAGACUCGGACUCAGCGUCCUAUGCAGGGGCUGACGACGACAGGCUGUACAGCGGGGAGCCGCACGCCCAGCCCAGCGCGCUGCUGCAGGACGCUGGCCAGAAGGCAGAGCAGGAGUGUUCGGGUAGGGCUGUGUCCUGGAGUGCAGAGCCCAGGGGGACAGCGCCCACCCCUCAGGUCCCAGAGGGAGAAACCCGUCUCAGCCAGAGCCAGGAGUCAGUCGCAGGCAUCUCGGAAGAGGGCCUGGCUUCCGGCCGGGAGUCUGCAGCUGCUGUCACCCCUCACACUGGGCAGGUGACCGCCGAAGCGACCCCUCAGGUGGGCGCUGAAGUUGACUCUGUGGCCAGAGGAACACCUGCCACCCAGGCGCCAGCUCACCCCUCCCAGGACAGGAGCGCCGCCUUAGGCCGGCCACCCGGUGCUGUAGAGGCAGAGCCAGCUCUGCAGGAAGCAGCAGGCAGCAGCCCUCUUGAGCUCACAGAACCCCAAGGAGGCCCAGGCCUCCCGGAAGGCCUGGAGUUUGUGGCUGCAGCCACGCUGGGGCCCCUGCGGGCUGAAGGGGGCGUCCCGUCACCCCAGGACUCUCCUGAGUCUGCACUUCCAUACCUGGAGUCUGUGGCUGCGGUCACACUGGGGCCCCUGCAGGCUGAAGGGAGCGUUCGUUUACCCGAAGAGUCUUCAGAGUCUGCAGUUCCAGCCCUGCUGAACGGAGAUCCCAUCUCAGGCCUGGAGUCUCUGGCUGCAGCCACGCUGGAGUCCCAGGAGACUGAAGGUGGCAUCCCAUUACUCCAGGACUCCGCUGACACAGAGCUUCUGCCUCUGCUGGAUGAAGAUCCUACCUCAGGCCUGGAGUCUGUGGCUGCGGCCACGCUGGAGUCCCAGGAGGCUGAACAGGGCGUCCCGUCACCCCAAGAUUCUCCGGAGUGGGGCGUCCCGAAACCCCAGGACUCUCCUGACACAGAGCUUCUGCCUCUGCUGGAUGAAGAUCCUACCUCAGGCCUGGAAUCUGUGGCUGCGGCCACGCUGGAGUCCCAGGAGGCUGAAGGGGGCGUCCCGUCACCCCAGGACUCUCCUGACACAGAGCUUCUGCCUCUGCCAGAUGAAGAUCCUACCUUGGGACAGGAGUGCAUGGCUGCAGCCACGCUGGGGCCCCUGCAGGCUGAAGGGGGUGUCCUGUUACCCCAGGACUCUCCUGAGUCUCUACCUUUGUCUCUGCAAGAGGAAGAUCUCAUCUCAAGCCUAGAGGCAGCGGCUGUGGCCACGUCAGGGUCCCAGGAGGCUGCAAGUGGUGUCCCGUUACCCCAGAACUCUGCUGAAGCUCCUCUUCCACUCCUGGAAGAUGAAAAUUCCACCUCCAGCCCAGAGGUCAUGGCUGCAGCUAUUCAAGGUUCCCUGCAGGCCAAACAGGGAACCUCACUACCCCAGGACCCUCCAGAAUCUUCUCCACCUCUGCAAGCUGGAGAUUCUGCCUCAGGCCUGGAGGCUGUGGUUGUGGCCACACCAGGGGCCCUGAAAGCUCAAGCAAGCUGCACUCCGGGGAGCAAGGCCGUGGCCCAGCAGGAAUUAGGUGUGGCCUCAGGACCGAGGCCUGUGCCCAAGGAGUGGGUUGCAGCACCCCCUGGUGACCCAGAGCCUGUGGCCUUGAACCAGGCCCCGCAGGAUGGCCCCAAGCCAGGGGCAGAAGCUGGGACGCUUGGGCCCCAGGGAGAAGAGGCAGGGCCCACCCUGGACAUGGAGGUCGCCAGCCCCCCUGAGGCUGCCCUUGGUCCCAGAGAGGGAGACCCAGGCCGGUCUCCUGUGGAGCAGGAAACAUGUCCAGAAGCCCAGGCACCCACGGAGGACAGGGCUAAGACCCGCCUGCCUCCAGGAGAGGCCCAUGGGCCUAAGAACCAGAGGGCGAGGGGUCCCAAGCCACCAGCACAGGGACAUGGACCUAGGUCGGCACCCCGAGGGGCAAGGGAUGCUCCUAAGGCCCUUCGCGCCACCUGCCCUGAGGUCAGCCAGGCACAGCCCCUGAGCCCAGGCAGGGAAGGCAGGGCCCUGGGCAGCAAGGGCACCCCAGCGUCCAGGCUUCCCGCAGCUCUGGCUUCCGGGGCUCAGCAAGGCUCCUGCCCAGGGUCCCCAGCCAGGGCUGUGUCCAGGCUGGGCGGGGAAGGCCCCAUAAAGCCUGGCCCAUCUGCAUCGCCCUCCCCACAGCUGGAACCUGCAGCAGGCCACGGCCAGCGGCCCCUGGCCGCCCCAAGUCUCCUUAGCCCGUCCCCCCCGCCACUCCCCAGAACCGCAGCCCGGGGCCCACCCAGUGCACCCCGCACCAGGCUCCUGGACCCCAACCCCUCCGCUCCUGUUGCCUCUCGCCCAUGCCGGGGUCCCCAGGAAGACUCCGUGGAGGGGGAGGAGCCCCCAGCCUCCCGGGGUCCGCUGCCACCUCGAGUGGGAGCCCAGCGGGCCACCGCUGCCUCAGGGACCACACAGCCUCGGGGAGCCAGGCAGCGCUUUGGCCUGGCACCCCAACCCCCACUCCUCAGUCCCAAGGCCGCUCCCGAGGGUGCCAAAGAGCCGGCCUCCAGGACCUCGCCCCCCUGCCAAGUGCCUCCUCUCCUGGGGUCCCGGGGCCCACGUGGCCCUCAAGGGCUCCCAGCUCUCGAACAGCAAGAGGACGAGGACAGCCUGGAGGAAGAUUCCCCACGGGCCCCAGGCUCUGGCCAGCACUCGGACAGCCACGGGGAGUCGUCAGCCGAGCUGGACGAGCAGGACGCCUCGGCCCCUCACGCGCAGCGCCCGGCCCAGGCCCCGACAGGCAGCAGCGAGGAGACCAUCGCCAAAGCCAAGCAGAGCCGCAGCGAGAAGAAGGCUCGGAAGGCCAUGUCGAAGCUGGGCCUGCGGCAGAUUCAGGGUGUCACGAGGAUCACCAUCCAGAAGUCCAAGAACAUCCUCUUCGUCAUCGCCAAGCCCGACGUCUUCAAGAGCCCCGCCUCUGACACCUACGUGGUCUUCGGGGAGGCCAAGAUCGAGGACCUGUCCCAGCAAGUGCACAAAGCCGCAGCAGAGAAGUUCAAGGUGCCCUCCGAGUCCCUGGCCCUGGUCCCCGAGUCGGCACCCGGACCCCAGCUGAGGCCAGAGCUCGAGGAGGAGGAGGAGGAAGAAGAGGAGGUGGACGAGACGGGGCUGGAGCUGCGUGACAUCGAGCUGGUGAUGGCUCAGGCCAACGUGUCCAGGGCCAAGGCUGUGCGGGCGCUGAGGGACAACCACAGUGACAUUGUCAAUGCCAUCAUGGAGCUGACGAUGUAGCUGCCGCCUGAGCCGGGUCUGCCCUGCCCUCCCCAGCGCUGCCGCCCAAUAAAUCAGUGUCCUGACCGCACUGUCA